GGCUCUGAAAGGCACCCUGGGCUUUCCUCUGGUCCGCUUUGAAGACGCUGUCAUCAACAUGUACCCCUUCACCAGAGUGCACCCCUAUGAAACCCAGGAGAUCCUCAUUAACGACAUCCUCAAGCACUUCAGAGAGGAGUUGAUGAGCCAGGCGGCUCAGAUCCUGGGCUCCGUGGACUUCCUGGGAAACCCCAUGGGGCUCUUGAACGACGUGACGGAGGGCAUGUCUGAGCUGAUCAAGUACGGCAACGUGGGGGGGCUCAUCCGCAAUGUGACCCACGGAGUGUCCAACUCUGCUGCCAAGUUUGCAGGGACGUUAUCAGACGGGCUGGGAAAGACCAUGGACAACCGGCACCAGAGCGAGCGAGAGUACAUCCGGUACCACGGGGCCACCAGCGGGGAGCACCUGGUGGCAGGGAUCCACGGUCUGGCUCACGGUAUCAUUGGAGGCAUGACGAGCAUCAUCACCUCCACAGUGGAGGGCGUGAAGACGGAGGGCGGAGUCAGCGGCUUCUUCUCUGGCCUGGGCAAAGGUCUAGUUGGCACGGUGACCAAACCGGUGGCUGGGGCUCUGGACUUUGCCUCAGAGACGGCUCAGACGGUCCGGGACAUGGCUAGUCUCAGUAACCACAGGUGGGCUGAGUCUACUACCUGUACUCUAGUAUGUGAGCUUCUGAAAUAAUGACUCUCCCCCUCU